AUGAAGAAAAUAAUGUGCGAUACAAAUGGCUUUUGGAGACUGUGUACUAUUUUCCUCGCAGCGUUAUGUGCAUUCUCAGUGGUCAACGCUAGAUUCUUUCCAAAUUUGUAUCCAAGACUAAAACUGGACGCUAGAUCAACGAAAGACGCUGGUGAACCUCUGUUUAUCACUCCUUAUCUGAAGACAGGCUCCAUAUUACUCGCGCAAAACCUUUCCCGAGUGUCCAUUACAGAUACGAUAGGGUUUCGAAGCCACGCCGGCUUCUUUACAAUAGACGAGAUAUACAACGCCAAUUUGUAUUUCUGGUACUUCUCUCCGUUUUCUAAGAAGGAAGAAGCUCCAAUUAUAAUCUGGCUACAAGGGGGACCUGGAGGAAGUUCUCUUUUCGGACUAUUUCAGGAGUUGGGACCACUAAUAGCGAAAAAGGAAGGUUUCGCUUUAAGAAAAUAUCACUGGGCUCUGAAUUAUCACUUAAUAUUCAUUGAUAACCCUGUGGGUACUGGGUUCAGUUUCACAGAUAAUGAGAGUGCAUAUUGUACUAAUGAGGAUUGUGUAGCAGAAGGACUUUACUCCACUCUGAAGCAGUUCUACCAAUUGUUUCCUAAUUUAAAGCAAAAUGAAUUAUACUUAGCUGGAGAAUCUUAUGCAGGGAAGUACCUGCCAUCAUUUGGAUUAAAAAUACAUCGUGAAAAUGCCAAGAGUAAAGAAAAAGUAAAUCUAAAAGGUAUUGCAAUGGGUAACGCAUAUUGUGACCCAAUUAAUCAACUAGAUUAUGGCCACUACCUAUAUCAAUUAGGAUUAAUAGACGAAAAUGAAUCAAAAUUGUUUUUAAAAUACCAAGGAGAGAUUGCUAGUCAAAUAAAACAAGAAAAUUGGGAACAAGCCGAUGUUCUCAUGGACAGACUAAUGGAUGGAGAUAUGACGAACUUCUCAUAUUUCAAGUACUACACUGGCUUUGAUUACUAUUACAACUAUUUACAGGCUGCUACAGCUGAUGACAUGUCAGUAUUUAUCAGCUUAUUGCAGAAUGACAAAGUCCGCCGUGGUGUACAUGUUGGAGGAUUACCCUUCAAUGAUGGAUUAAAAGUGCAAUUAAAUUUAGUACUUGAUCUGCUUAAAUCUGUAGCUCCAGCGAUAUCUGAGCUUCUAUCGCAUUAUAGAAUAAUGUUCUAUAAUGGGCAACUGGAUAUAGUUGUUGCUUACCCACUCACAGAAAACUUUUUGCAAAAACUACAGUUUUCUUCAGCUGCAGAAUAUAAAAAUGCGAAGAGAUCGAUUUGGAAAGUGGGUGAUGAUAUAGCUGGAUAUAUAAAGACAGCUGGUAAUCUGACUGAAGUCUUGGUCAGGAAUGCUGGGCAUAUGGUACCACGGGACCAACCUAAAUGGGCUCUGAGCCUCAUCACAAGAUUCAUUAAAAAUGAUUUUGCUUCCUAA